GAUGAAGAAGAAGCAAACGGAAAAUUGUAGUCAUCCGAACGUUGGCAAGUUUAGUCUUGUACGAGGCGUCGACGGGUAAACAUAUCGGUGAAACUGCUAAAUCGUUAUCGAUUCGACUCUAUUCAAAUUAUCCAAGUUCCGGAAGAAAAAAAAAAAAAAACAAAAAAAUGUCGGCAGCCACAGAACAACAAAACAAUGGGGAUGUUGCAGUUGAGAAGGUAGCAGCGGACGAUGUCGCCGCUGUGAAGGACGAUCUUAAAGCAAAGGCCGCCGCCGAGGAUAAGGCCCCCGCGGCCGACGCCGCUGGAGAUGCGGCCGAUAACGGUACGGCGAAGGACGGCGAGGAUGCCGCCGCCGCUGCUGCCCCCGCAAAGGAAUCAGUGAAAGGCACCAAGAGGCCUGCCGAAGCUAAAUCCGCCGAAUCAAAGAAAGCCAAGAAGGCUGCUGAUGGUGAUUCCGAUGAGGAAGAGGUUCUGGAAGAACUCAUCGAGGGCGACAGUGAAAUUGAGAGCGACGAAUAUGACAUCCCCUACGAUGGCGAGGAGGACGAUAUUGAAUGUGAUGACGAUGACGAUGAUAACGAUGACGGCUCCGGCUCGGACGAUCAGGCGUAAUAAUAAUGUAGUCAAAAAUACAAAAAAAAAAAAAAAUUAAAUUAAUAAUAAAUAAAAGUUACAAGCAAAACAAAACAAAUACAAAAAAAAAAAACAAACCAACAACCAGAAAAUAAACCACAAGGAGAGUAAAAAAAAACCACAAAAAAAUCGCAAAAGUAUAUAAUUUUUAUGUUUAAGAAAUAAUUUUUUAUUUCUUACCUUAUUUUAAUUGUAUUUUAUGUGUACUUUUUUUUAUAAAAAACUACAAAACCAACAAAAAUUGUAAUUCAAGGCAUGUUCGUAUAAAAUUAAUCUUUACGACAACCGACAAAAAGUAAACAUCCCCACUGUAUACAACAAAAAAAAAAAAAAAACAAAACCAAAAUCUUUCUUUCCUUUAUGUUAUAAGUCCUAAUUUAAACGCAAAGCUUAUGCGUAAAAAUAUAUACAAAGAUUAUAAAAGUAGCGUAAACAAGGCCCAUGAAUUAUACACAGACACAUCCACACAAAUUAUUGAAAUUCAUUAUUAAAAUUAGACGUUACAUUUAUGAAUGAUCGAAAGAAAAAAUACAAAAAUUCAAAAUGAAAAAGAAACGGCAAAUGCAAUUAAAUACAAAACAAAUAAAACAUAAAAAUUUUAUUUAAAUAAAUCAGAACGGACUACAAUUCCCGACAUACAUUCGA